AGGCCAAACGGAAAAUUUUCCAUCCGGAACAGCUGAUUUUGGGUUUAUCGGGCAAUACUAUUGUCAAAAACACGUGUUAUUCGUGCUGAGUUUGUUUACAUUUAAUCUACACGGUUUUCUGCUUAUUUUCCUGCGAAAUCCUAAAAGAAAGCUAGAGAAUUUACGGAAGAUGAUCUCUAGGAAUUCUAAACAAUCCAGUUACACAGAGAAAAAUCGUGUAUUUGUUGGAAGUCAAGUUGGAGCUCUCAAAGAGUAUGAUCUGACUAGUGAGACACCCUACAAGCCAGUCAAUCUUCAGAAAAUCUCAGACUUAGAGCCAGGACAGGGAAUAACGACACUUCGUUGGGGCAAUGAGGAGGAGACUGAAAUCCUUCUGGGAAGAAAUGACAGCGUUAUACAAGUUUAUGAUUUACCCAAGAACACCUUCACCCUGUGUAAAAGCAUCCCUGAAGGAGCUGUCGUUGGAGUUUGUCGGGUUGAUGGAAAAAUCAUUGGAGCUGCGAAAUCUGGACAGAUCCAUAUUUUGGGUAAUGGGAAGGAGAUCCAGACCCUAAUAGCCGGGACAGAUAUCUCCCGGAUGCGACAGUGUAAGCACAAUCAAAGUCUCCUAGCCACUGGAGGCAAGGACAGAAAGAAUAAUCUCAAAGUGUGGAAUAUUGAGCAAGAAACUCCGAUUUUCUCAUCGAAAAAUGUUCCCCACGACAGUCUUCAGCUCGAAGUUCCCGUUUGGGAUUCAGACAUUGGUUUCUUGGACUGCAAUAACCUCGUCACUGCAUCGAGAUAUGGAUAUAUCCGAACGUAUGACAUCCGGAAGCAGAGACGUCCAGUUCAUCAAUUUGUGCCGAAGGACAAGGAGCCCAUGGCUUUCACUUGCCUGAAGACUCACGAGAAUAUCGUCUACGUGGGCCUAACAACCGGUGGGAUUCGUGCAUUUGACACAAGAAGCCUGAAAUUCCCAAUUCACACGUACAAAGGUUCAAUUGGAAGCAUCACAGACUUGACAUUAGACAAAACAGGCAAAUUUCUGUGUUCAACUUCCUUGGAACGCUACGUGAGGAUUCACUCAACAAUCGACAACACAAUCCUCUAUCAGUGCUACGUGAAGACAAAACCCUCUCAAGUCCUCAUUAAAACCGCCGAAGAGACAACAAAUGGUACGACCAGUGUAACAAAUGAAGAGGCAUCAGAAGACCUCCAAGAAUCCAAAAAAAUGGCUCAAGAAAUCCCAUCAGACGAGGAGGAAGAGGAUGAAAUUGUAACAGAGUAUUUUCAUGAUGAUAAACCAGAUAAACUCUUGAAGAGACUCAAGCGGAAAAGAAAAUUCAGCAAUUAAUUUUCCGAAGAGAAUUUUUUCUUUUAUUUUAUUUUUCUUUUAAAUAAAAUGUUCCAUUACAUUGAAA